AUGUUGCAAACAGGGACAGAAACUGACUUGUCGAAUCAACAAAAGCAGUGCUGCUCAUUGCCCAAGCAACAAUCAAAUGAGCCGUCCAAGAACGAUGCAAACACUCUGCAACGUUCAAUACCGAACGAAUUUCAGCGUCGCGCUCCAGUAGUUGUAAGUAGGAGCAGUAGCGAUUCACGGAAUGUCAAAAAAAGAUCGUCAUCCAGUCAUGCAAAUAAUAAUCGACAGAAAACAUCUUCAGUCAGUGGCAGACAUGUAUGUGUUAAUGGUCAUCCGUAUUUGUUGAUCGAUUUGUUGGGCAAAGGUGGUUCGAGUAAGGUGUAUCAAGUGUUGGAUGAAACGCAAAAAAAGUGUCGUGCAGUAAAGUGUGUUGACUUAGCCGACGCAGACACCGCCACAAAAGAGGCAUAUUUGAAUGAAAUUCAACUGUUGAUCGAUCUGAAAGAUUCGGGUUGUGUCGUGCAGUUGUUCGAUCAGUUUGUUUUUAUUGAUCAUUCUAAUUUGUAUGUCUUUGUGUCGUUCGUGAAUUGUUAUGAUUAUUCGAAUAAAAAGACAACGAAUUUUAGUGAACUGCGUGGUAAUCAUCUUUAUAUGGUAAUGGAGAAAGGAGAUACCGAUUUGUCGACGUUUCUGAAAACAAGACGCAGUAAAAUCGAUCAUAUUUUUAUUCGAUUCUACUGGAGUGAAAUGCUGAAAUGUGUUAGUGCGAUUCACAGUAAAGGUGUUGUACAUUCCGAUCUGAAGCCGGCUAAUUUUUUGUUGAUUGGCGGUAAUUUAAAGCUGAUUGAUUUUGGAAUAGCCUCAUCGAUUCCAUCAAACAGAACGUCGAUUAUGAAGGACAGUCAAAUGGGCACUCUAUCGUACAUGCCUCCGGAAGCGCUGGCCGCAUCUACCUCUUUGGAUGGCAACAAUAGAGAGGUUUAUAAGGUACAACGUAAAUCAGACGUGUGGUCACUUGGAUGCAUAUUGUAUAAUAUGGUGUAUGGCCGAACACCUUACCAGCAGUUUGUGAGUUAUGUGCAGAAGAUCAAUGCGAUCGUCAAUAUAGAUAUAGAAUUUGAGCAAAUUGACGACCCGGACUUGUUGGAUGUGAUGAGGAAGUGUCUCGAAAAAGACCCGGCAAAGCGUGCAACUGUGGAAGAAUUGCAACAACAUCCGUAUCUGAAAAAAGGUACGGAAUCGUUGGAUGAAUCGUUGGUGUAUAAAGAUGAGAAUUAUUUGUUGAAAAUAGCCGAAGAUUUGAGAAGUUGUACACCGAGGACGUCUGCGCGCAAAUUGAGACGUUUAAUGCAGCAAAAACGAAGUGGAGCUUCGGUGGAUGGGUAA